GGGAGGAGUGCCGGGAGAAAAGGCAAGUUUGUGUCUGUUGGGCGAGGCGCUUGCCAGCCCCGGCCAAAAGGCGAGCUCAAUUCCGUGCGGAAUGGAGUGACUCUGCCGCCGACUGUCACUGCGUUGCCAGAGCGCAGGUGAUAGGAGAAUGGAGUCGGGGCUGAGUCAAGAGGUAGUGGUCCAGUUCCUGGUGGAGGCUGGGGGCAAAGUGGAGAACUCCAAGCUGCUUUUUAAUUUCAGGAACGAGUUGGGGCAGACUGAUCCACAGCUGAGGAAAGAAGCCCGGGAACUCUUCAAAACCUUUAUUAAUAAAGUUGCCGUGGUGCGCGAAGAAGGAGGGGUGAAAUAUGUGGUCUUGAAGAAAAAGAUGCAGCACCUGGUAGCUGCUCAGCACGAAUGCCCGCCGGUCCAAGCGGGGCCGCGGGGGCUGAGGGCGACCGAGAGGCUUGGUAAGGUGGAGCGUCUGGGGAACCUGUUGGAGGCGGGCGAGGCGCUACAGGAGCCUGCGGCUCGACGCAAUUCUGCACCUUCGGCCCUGUCGCCGAAUGAGGGGAGAUCUCUCGCCACUGCACCGUCUCGGCUGCAGUUUGGAGGCAGGGCUGGGUCCCAGGACGCCCUGACAUCUACAAAGCCCGGGGGAUGGGUGUCGCAGCCGCGGGAGAGUGUGGCACAGGUUCAGCGGAACAGCUGCAGCCUUGAACGGCUGGCAGAAAACCAGCGUUUCAUCUCCGAGAAUCCACUUUUGGAAAACUGUGAUCCCGCCUGCGAGGGCUUGUCGGCUGAGAGAGUAUCUGCACCUGCAUCCCCGGACCUGAAGUCUUCCGCUGUUACAGCCAGUGGCGAUGUGUUUGCCUCUGACAUUGUCCGCGAGCGGUUGGAUACCCUUAAAGCCCCAGAGGACAAUUCGUGUAUUGAACAGAAGAUUGGGAACUAUGAAGCCAAAUCCUCGGAUGUCACUGCACGGGUCGGGCCAAAAGCAGGAUCAAUGCCAAAGCCCAAACCGUACAUGUACCCACUUCGCCUUCCCCCGGACACCCCAAAAUGUGUGAGUGUUCCCAGUGAGCAAAAGGAAGACGCACAAGAUGGCCGGGUCAAAGAGAACUGCCCAACAGCGUUAGCUGACCAAGAUGUCCCCAGGAAGAGGAGUCAGGUGGCAGAGAUCGGAAGCAGUUCACCAAAUCUAAAGAGGGUUUCUAGAGUGUUAAAGUUUUCCGAAGAUACUCGUUUUUCUGAUCAAGUGCCUCUGGAUCCGGUUGAGCACGAGUGGAUUGUGAAGACAGCCUUGGGUCACUGGACCCAAGUUUCCGGCUUGCUGCUGAAGGACCACUACCUAGCUGAGAGGAAGGACUUCAUGUCAGGCUUCACAGCCAUACACUGGGCGGCAAAAUUUGGCAACAGUGAGAUUAUGUGUUGGAUUAUUGAUAACUCAGAGAGGAAUGGCAUCAAAAUGGAUGUUAACACUAAAUCCCAUGGUGGUUACACGCCCUUGCAUAUCGCUGCCAUUCAUGGCAGAGAAAAUAUUAUUGAUGAGUUGGUGACAAAGUACGACGCAUUGACAACUCUAAGAGACUACAGUGGCAAGAGGCCAUAUCAUUAUUUGGCCAAGGAUAGCUCCUUCACUGUAAGGCAAUUGUUAGGGGACCCAGAGACUUUCAUCAGUGAAUCCACUAGUCAUAAACGCGGAUCAAAGGUGGCUUCCUCCAUCCUGAGUGGAACUAACGCUUUACUGGGUGCAUUGGCUGAUGAUGUCAUCUUCCAGGAGUUUUCCAAAUCUUUGAAAAAACAAACAAACCUUAGCAAAUUCUUCACUGCUCCAGCCGGACACAAGAAAAGAGCUAAAAUGCGCACAAACUUUACUUCACUGAAUGAAGAACCUGAAGAAGAGAGAGAGGAGGUCGUUAUAAAACGUAGGCCUGUGACUGAAAUAUUCUUCUGAAGUUGUUUUGACAUUUUAAUAUGAAAAUAAUGGGUCAAUAGAAAAUACUUCGCCGUAAUGUUAAAAUAUUUAGGCGAUACUCUCUUUGGGAGCUCUAAGUCAAAAUGAAAUCUUGAACAUUAAGCUGUUUUUAUCAUUAAUAUGCUACAACUAUAUUUUCAACAAUAUUUACAUGAAGUUUUAUGAUCAGCAGAAUUUUUAAAUAAUGGGAUAUACUAGAGUAGAAAUACUUGCGGUCAAGAGAAAGGUAGCUGCUCUUAUCCAGCUUCACUUUAAUUAAACCUACAGAGUGUUUGUGGGUAUUUAUAGCUUUGUUCCAAAGAUCAUUUGUAAAUUCUUCCCUUUUCAUUAACCCCAAAAGAAGCAUGAAGUUCUAUUGUGGGCUUCCUGAGGAGCAUUACCAUGGAAAGGUUCGCAGUUAUUCCUGUAGCAAUUCUGUUCUUGGCUCACUAUUCAUGGUAAAGUUCUGUUUUAGAAAAGCAAGUGUUUAUUCGAUUGAAAGCCAAGUCUAUUUGCACCUGUACUUACCUGGCAAGUUGCUUCCAAUCUCUGGUGGUGAGACUUAUUAUGCUUCUCCCUUCCUUGUGCUUGAUUGAAUCCUUCAGGGACAAUUAUUUUAUUCCAUUUUUUAAUUUUAACUUUUGUUAUUUUGGAGAUACUUUAAUCCUGAAGGAACUUACUAAACAUUGGAGUAUAAAGUAUUAAACAAUUGGAAGUUUAAAUUAGGGUUUGGGCCUGAGAUUUUGUACCUGAAUGAAUACUUUGAAUUCUUCACAUGAUCUACAAAUUUACACGUUAAUAGUCCAAUUCCAUUUAUUGUAUUCAAACUAUUUAAGUACAAAACGUUGGUCUGUGAUUCUCUGUCAAAAUAAUAACAUUUGAUUAUAUCUUUAAAGGUGUAGAGAGUUGCACAAAUUUAUUAGAUUUUAAAAUGGUCAUUUUUUUCCAAAUCCCUCCACAGUUCACUCCCUUUUUCUGCAGUCUCUGCCCUAUAACCCCAGUCUGAUCUUUGUGAUCUACAGCACAUCUUGUUGCUCCACAGUUGCAGUCCUGCCUUAACUGCCAAAGCCCUAGGUUUCUGAAUUCUCUCCCUAAAUCUCUGCCUACUCAUUUCUCUUUCAGUCUUCGAGACAUUUGCUUGAAACUUACUUGUUGGACCAGAUCUUUGCUUAUUCUCUCUAAACUCUCCUUAGGUUGCUUGCCAUCUGAUCUGAUUGAAAUGCUUUGCGAUGUUCUGCACAUUAAAGUUUGUUACACACUAUUUCCUUUGCUGGUUAUAAAACAUUUGAAAAUAAGGACAAACCCAUUUUUUUAAAGUUUAUCCAAAUAAAGUAUUUAGGUAAUUUGUAGCUUUGUAUGAGAAACAGUACUAUAUGAUGUUUGUUAGUGCUUACUAUAUACCUUAUGCACUUUUAAAUUAGUCCAUUGAGAAAAAUAAAAUAAUUUUUUAAAAUUAAUAUUAAUGUUUUUGAAUAUGUCACAACCACUGAUUCAGCAGUACAGUAGAUAUGGCAAUUGCACUUAUGAAUAUGCACAUGACAGCUAAUUAUUAUGUUAUUGUGAUGGUAUUUAACUCCAUUCUUUUUAUCAUAGCACUUGUUGAGAUAAGCCUGCUUGCAGUCAGCCUUGUCUGAGAAAUUGGACUGUCAAGUCAUCUGACUCUGAAGACUAGUGGUAUUCGUUUUAUAUUUAGUUAUUCCUUUCAGCCGCAGUGUUAGCUUCGUUUUCCAUUUGAGAGUUUUAGUUAAUGGCCAGGUUUUACCUAGGGCUUAUUGUUUUCUUUUCCCUCAAACUCUGUUCACAUUAAAGUCUGAGAACUAUU